GAGGCGUACAAACGAGAUUCUUGUAUAACGCAUAACACACGAGGCAUAAGAAAUUGAACUAAUCAAAGUUCUUUAUUUCAUAGAAAGGAAGGAAACGAAGGACUUCGAUCGAUAUAUUUUCUUAUACAUUACGUGCGUUAUGCAAGUGUGCUCUCCGCUUUAAAUCUUACGUCUUAAAUUUUUUUUAUAUGCAAUGGCCUUAAUUUUCUCUGCUGGGAACGCAGCCAUUCGUAAACGGUCGCCACUAAAGCUUCCUGAUUUGGCCGUUUCACGCAGCGUGUCGCUGCGAAUGCAAUUCGAAUCACAGUUUGAGUUUACGCGACUUCCGCCUUCCGCGCCCAGUGAACAAGCAGAUGGCAGAGGAGUGGGAGUGUGUCAAUCCGUCAAUCGUGCGUGCUGGUGCGUGCUGUGAUGGAUGAAGUCACGACGAACGAUCCAGCAGGUGGAGAAAGUAGAGGAACGUUAAUAUGUGCUAGUUGCCUCAACGCUAUCGAGGACGAAUUUAUACAGGCAUUAAAUCAAGAAUGGCACAUUGAUUGUUUUCGAUGUUCUGCGUGCGACAUUGGCUUAUCCUCCUGGUACUUCGAGAAAGAUGGCUUGCUAUUUUGUAAAGAUGAUUAUUGGGCCGCUUAUGGUGAAGCAUGUCAAGACUGUGGUCAGAUCAUCACAGGCCCCGUCAUGCUGGCGGGUGAUCACAAGUUUCAUCCAGAAUGUUUUGCCUGUACUUCAUGUGGUGCUUUUAUCGGAGAUGGCGAGAGUUAUGCCCUCGUCGAACGGUCCAAAUUGUACUGUGGGAUUUGUUAUAAGCGACAAAUGCAACCGCUCAACAGGGCAGCAAACUACCCUUUUGCCAGAAAACCACAUAGCAUUAGACUGGUCGAAAUACCUCCCAGCACGACAGAUCCUGAUAAGCAAAGAGGAAUUAAACUUACGUUAGACACAGUUCCCAGUCCCCGCAGUUGUGGUGCUUUAUUACGUAUUUCAGAGUUAAUGAGAAAUAUUCGUGGAAAGAUCAGUAAGCUGCUAGCCUCUGUGAUGGAGGUUCUAUUUAGGCUAUGCUGCCACUUCUCUAAUCAUAGAUUGAACAUGUCGAGCGAUCUUAUAUCGUUACAUAUUGGCGACCGAAUCUUGGAAGUAAAUGGCACCCCCGUUAAAGAUCAACCGGUGGAAAAUAUUGAAAAUCUGAUACAAUAUUCGGACACAGUUUUACAAUUGACUAUCGAGCACGAUCCAGAUGCGGUUUCACGACGACCCACCUUCUCCUCACCGUCCUCGGCAAUGCUAACAUAUGUCGGCACUCCCAGGAUAAGUCCUGAAAGCAAAGAACGGCUGUUUAAGCGUCGGGAUGAGGGUUACAUCAGUGGUGCGCGGAGUCGACAAUUACGAAGAACGAGAGAUCCUAUGCAUAAAGAACGCAGCAGUUCUAUGUCGCGAUUGCUCGAAGGAUCUUCACCAACGAAUCCUACUUAUGAUCUAAGCCGUACCAGAUCAUUUCGCGUAGAGCCAAAGAAUCAGAGAAUAUUUCGAGCAAGCGAUCUGGUGAAGGGCGAGCUCCUGGGCAAAGGAUUUUUUGGACAAGUAUUCAAGGUUACGCAUCGUGACACAAACGAGGUGAUGGUUCUGAAAGAAUUAUACAGAGUGGACGAGGAUGCGCAAAAGAAUUUUCUAAAAGAGGUUGCGGUAUUGCGGUCAUUACAUCACAACAACGUUCUUCGAUUUAUCGGUGUUCUUUAUAAGGACAAGAAACUGCAUUUGGUUACCGAAUAUAUAGCAGGUGGCACGUUAAGGGCCCUGCUUCACGAUACGAACGAACCAUUGCCGUGGGAACAGCGUACAUCAUUUGCGAAAGACAUUGCUGCCGGCAUGGCCUACUUGCAUUCUAUGAACAUCAUUCAUCGCGACUUGAAUUCGCACAAUUGUCUCGUUCGCGAGGAUAAGACUGUUGUUGUUGCCGAUUUUGGACUGGCGAGGAUCAUUCAAAAUGGUAGCUCGCCAGACAAUCGCAAGUAUAAUCGACAUUCCAAUGGAGAGGUGAAAACUUCAAAGAAAGAACGGAAGAAACGAUACACAGUUGUCGGAAAUCCCUAUUGGAUGGCUCCCGAGAUGAUGAAAGGCAAUAAGUACGAUGAGAAAGUAGAUAUAUUCAGUUUUGGCAUCGUUGUCUGCGAGAUUAUAGGUCGGGUUCAGGCAGAUCCUGAUUAUUUACCGAGAUCCUCGGAUUUUGGUUUAAAUCAAAAUGUUUUCAAGGAAAAAUUCUGUUCCAAUUGCCCAGAGACUUUUUAUAUGAUCGCGUUUCUUUGUUGCGACCUAAAUCCUGACAAGAGGCCACCGUUUGAAGUUAUGGAAGUUUGGCUAGAAGGAUUGGCGAUGCAUUUGUCGGUAGGUGCUGAAUUGCCAGUAGAUCUAGACUUCGACAUUAGAAAUUACAAAGGACCGAGUCCGAGCAGCAGUGAGUCCACGACUCCGGAAACUCUGGCACCACAAUUGAAGCCUAUUAAGGAGGGUCAAGUGCACCAAGAAAAAAAGCAAUCCAGCGGCUGUGAUGACAGUACUUUGGAACGUGAGACAGAGCCUUCGUCGAGUAACACGCUUCAUGUGCCUGAAGUUAUGAGUCCGCGUAAUAGAUACACAAGACAAAACAGCAAGAACAACGAUAGUAAUGUGGGACGUUAUUCAAGGCAAAGUUCCAAAUCAAAAGACUUCGUGUCCGACAAAGAAAAGUCUGAUAUAGUGAUCUCACCUGAUUCCAGCUGUUUUAGUGGACGAUAUCUAAAGAAUAACAAUAUCAAAUCGAAAGAUACGUCUCCCGACAUUCCAAAUACCUAUUCUUACUUGAAGCAGGAGACAUAUCCGAAGCAGAUCGACACGAAUGAAUAUAAUCUGACCCGAAUACCCACUGUUGAAAAAAUAAAGUAUGUAGGAAGUGCGAGUCCGUGCGUGGUAUCCGAUGCUUCAGAAUAUAUAAUCGACAGUAAAGGUUCAUACAAGAUCAACAGUCUGAAACAUAAAUCGGUGGAGAAGUGUAACGAUAUAAGUAGUCAUAAGACAAAGUCGGAGAGCAAAUUCAAGAUACCGGAUGCUGCAUGCUCCGUCGGUUCUUAUCUAAAGCAAAUCGGUAAAUCUAUUGCCAUGGAAAAAGAAAAUAAAGCGAUUAAUACGACAAAUUGCAGUGAUACUGAUUCGAAGAAAGUAGUUAGCGAAAGUUCUAAACCCUCUGCAGCAUCAUAUCUGCGAAGGACGAAAAUAUCACCGACCAAAGAGACAUCAAAGCCCGCGUUUUCCAGUAAAGAAACUGUUAAAGAUAAAGUUGAUGGCAUUUUAUCUCAGAAAUUCGUAGAAUCAAAAGUCCCACCGAAUAUUCAAGAAAAUGUGGGAGACGAAAAAGAUAGACUGUCCAGACGGGUGAGCAAUAUGUCCGAUGUCGGCAGUAUCUUGUCAAGACAGGGAAGCCUCACAGUAUUAGAUUGUAUGUCUAAAUACAAAGAUUACUCACCGUUCAAUACUUUCACGAAAGAUGAUUUUCAUGAAGAUCAUUCCUUGGGAAAACAAAAUUCAGGCCUAUAUCAUACAAACAAUCUUUAUUCCAAUUCCAGUAUUUCGAGGCAAGAUGACUUCUUCAAUAUACAUAGCAAACAAAAUAGGAAUGACGAUGGUGUUGAAGUCAAAUCGACGACCAAUGGUCCAAAAAAUUUAAUGACUUCGUCUAUUUAUGAUAGUGAUUUAAAGAUGAUGCCGAACAGUUUGGCCGAGUAUAAUGGAUGCUACAAGGGUAUUGACAUCUGUAGGCAGGAUAGUUUCGAUUCCGACAGCGCACUUGGUACUAUGAAAAGCGAUUUCUUCGCGGACGUCGAUUUCGUACAAAUGAGAGACACACCAGACUUGUGCCAUACACCCGAAAGAUGCUGCACGCCUAAUCGUCCGACGUCACCGAUGGAAAGUACUGCUUUAUAAAUCAAAAUGCGCUCAUGGUAGGAAGAGAAUAACAAUUUAUGUCGAGAUAACGUGCGUAAUCCCCCACGAAUGAAUCUCAUUUGCUACUAAUUUGAUCUCUUUAUUCAUAAUUUAUAAAUUAUUCAGUAAGGUUCGAAUGUAUAACGUGCUUAGUUUACAAUAUUAACUUUUUAGCCAGAGUUUAUUUCAUCCAUUAUCUUUAGUGCAAUGAGCGAGGAAAGGUUUUAUAUAUUAAUUUUAAUGUGCGCAAUAUUUGUUUUAAAAAGCUUCCUCUGAAAGGAAGUGCUACUUUUAUUCGUUGAAAUUAAAUUUGAAAAUUUUUUAAUUGACAUGUGCAAAACAAACAUAAAACUUCGGGCUGGAAAUAUUUUUAUUAAGAUACAUUUAAUUGAAAGUGUUGUCUUGCUGAAAAAAUUAAUGGUAACGCUCAGUAUUAACAAAUUUCAUUUGCUGAUUUAUACGAAUUUUUAGGUCGUAAUGACGUUAGUUAAUUAGCUGUAAGGAUUCUAUUACAUUCCUAGACAGAUCUUGCCACAUGGUUUUCAAAUAUGGGAGUUCAGGCGAUAAAACGCAGUUCUCCGACAAAAGUCAUUCCAUCCAAAAUACUUAUAGAGCCGGGAUUUUGAUAAGUAUGAUAUUAUUAGCGUGCUCGAAAAAGCGGCACUGAAUAUGUCGAUUUUGCAAACUACAAAUCACAUGACUACAGAAUCAAAAGCCGUCAGCCGAAGUACGAAGUAGAAGUAAAAUAUUUUGACUUUGUAAGUUGGUGCAAAACACGUUUUCUCUGAGACUACACGAUCAUUACGUUUCUCUUAAAUUAUAAACACAUCAUGUAGACUCAAUUCUUGUAUAAUAGAGAAUGUAAAAAAAUGUUAUAUUUGUUUCAGGGCAUACAGAUGUACAUCACAGUGUAAAAUAUUGUAUA